UGUGGCUGCACUGCCAGCUGAGCUGAGGGGACAGCAGCCCUGUUUGUGUGCCCACAGUCCUGACACUGCAGUGCCAGGGUUCCCCUCAUCCUGUGCAGCUCUGGCUGGGCUGUCUGCAGAGUGGGCAGGGAAGCAGAUGGCACGGCAGGCUGGCUGUGUCCCAGGUCUUGAUGACACUGCCUGCCAUUAACAAGGGUGUUGCCAAUGCUGGUAGGUCCCCUUGUCUGUGGUACCUGUCACCAUGGUGGAGCUCAGCGGCAAAGUCACCAGGACACUCAACAAGACCACGCCGGGCAUCCAGAUAUGGCGAAUCGAGAACAUGGAGAUGGUGCCAGUGCCCACCAAAAGCUACGGCAACUUCUAUGAGGGGGAUUGCUACGUCCUGCUGUCGACACGCAAGUCUGGGAGCGGCUUCACCUAUGACAUCCACUACUGGCUGGGCAAGGAGUCGAGCCAGGAUGAGCAGGGGGCAGCUGCCAUCUACACCACCCAGAUGGAUGAUCACCUGGGCUCAGUGGCUGUGCAACACCGCGAGGUCCAGGGACAUGAGAGCGAGACCUUCCGUGCCUACUUCAAGCAGGGACUCAUCUAUAAGAAGGGUGGAGUGGCCUCGGGCCUGAAGCACGUGGAGACAAACACCUACAACAUCCAGCGCCUGCUGCAUGUGAAGGGCAAGAAGAAUGUGGCAGCGGGAGAGGUGGAGAUGAGCUGGAAAAGCUUCAACCGGGGCGAUGUCUUCCUGCUGGACCUGGGCCAGCUCAUUAUCCAGUGGAAUGGCCCUGAGAGCAACCGAAAUGAGAGGCUGAGGGCAAUGACCCUGGCCAAGGACAUCCGGGACCGGGAACGUGGGGGCCGUGCCCAGGUGGGCAUUGUAGAGGGUGAGAACGAGGAUGCCUCGCCAGAGCUCAUGAAGGUCCUCACACAUGUGCUGGGUGAGAAGAGGGAUAUUCAGCCAGCCAUCCCUGAUGAUAAAGUGGACCAGAUCGUCAAGUCCUCCCUCAAGCUCUACCACGUCUCCAAUGAGAGUGGGAACCUGGUCAUUCAGGAGGUGGCGUUUCGACCCCUAACUCAAGACAUGCUCCUGCAUGAGGACUGUUACAUCCUUGAUCAAGGAGGUCUCAAGAUCUUUGUGUGGAAGGGCAAGAACGCCAACAAGGAGGAAAAGCAGGAAGCAAUGACCACGGCGCUGGGCUUCAUCAAAGCCAAGAACUACCCAGCCAGCACCAGCGUGGAGACAGAGAAUGAUGGGUCUGAGUCAACCAUCUUUAGGCAGCUCUUCCAAAAAUGGACUGUUCCUAACCAGACCAGUGCGUUGGGCAAGACCUACACUGUGGGCAAAGUGGCCAAGGUGGAGCAGGUCAAGUUUGAUGCCACCACACUGCACGCCAAGCCCCAGAUGGCCGCCCAGCAGAAAAUGGUGGAUGAUGGAUCUGGGGAGGUGGAGGUCUGGCGUGUGGAGAACAACGAGCUGGUGCCCGUAGAGAAGAAGUGGCUGGGCCAUUUCUAUGGGGGGGACUGCUAUGUGGUGCUCUACACCUAUUCUGUGGGGCCCAAGGUGAACCGCAUCAUCUACCUCUGGCAGGGCCGCCACGCCACCCCAGAUGAGCUGGCUGCCUCUGCCUACCUGACUGUUGCCCUGGACCAGAAGUACAACAAUGAGCCCGUGCAGAUCCGUGUCACCAUGGGCAAGGAGCCAGCCCACCUGAUGGCCAUCUUCAAGGGCAGGAUGGUGGUAUAUGCGGGUGGCACCUCGCGGGCAGGCAGCACGGAGCCCACACCCUCCACCCGCCUCUUCCACGUGCAUGGCACCAAUGAGUACAACACCAAGGCCUUUGAGGUGCCCGUCCGUGCCUCCUCCCUCAACUCCAAUGAUGUCUUUGUGCUCAAAACCCCCAGCACCUGUUACCUCUGGUAUGGGAAGGGCUGCAGCGGGGAUGAACGUGAGAUGGGCAAGACUGUGGCCGAUAUAAUCUCCAAGACAGAGAAGCCAGUGAUUGCAGAGGGACAGGAGCCCCCUGAGUUCUGGCUGGCCCUAGGGGGCAAGUCCCAGUAUGCCAGCAGCAAGAGGCUGCAGGAGGAGAAUCCCUCUGUGUCCCCCCGACUCUUUGAGUGCUCCAACAAGACAGGCACCUUCUUGGCCACGGAGAUCAUAGACUUCACCCAGGAUGACCUGGAGGAGAGUGACGUUUACCUGCUAGACGCCUGGGACCAGGUUUUCUUCUGGAUUGGAAAUGGAGCCAAUGAGUCAGAGAAGGAGGCAGCAGCGGUGAUGGCACAGGAAUACCUGCGGACCCACCCCAGUGGGCGCGACCCCGAAACCCCCAUCAUUGUGGUGAAGCAGGGCUAUGAGCCCCCCACCUUCACUGGCUGGUUCCAUGCCUGGGACCCUCUCAACUGGGCUGACAAGAAAUCCUAUGAGACGAUGAAAGCUGAGCUGGGCGAUGAGAGCAGGCUCGGGCAGCUCACCUCAGUGCUCACAUCCAGGCAAGAGGUCUUCACUGCCUCCACCACCCUUGUCCCCUCCAAACUGGAGACCUUCCCCUUGGAUGUGCUGGUGAACACCUCAGCUGAGGACCUGCCACGGGGUGUAGACCCCAGCAGGAAGGAGGCCCAUCUCUCUGACGAGGACUUCCAGGCUGUUUUCGGCAUGAAUCGCUCUGCCUUCGGCAGCCUUCCCUUGUGGAAACAACAGAAGCUCAAGAAGGACAAAGGGCUCUUCUAGGGCAGGAGCCUGGGCCCAGGGACAACUCCUGCUCCUUAUUUUUUAUUAAAUAAAAUUAAUU